ACCAACUCAAGCUAGCUAGCUCUCCUUCCCAAGUAUCAAGUUAAGCUUAGUUUCUUUCCAAAAGUCUUUCUAGUUCAUCUUUUUGUGCUAUUUCCACCAGAAAAUAAAAACCAUGGGUUUCCGAUUACCAGCUAUUGCUAAUGCCAAGAAAAUUCUAACUAGAUCUCUGUCUGGUUCAAAGACAUUAGAUAUCCCUAAAGGCUACUUUGCGGUCUAUGUUGGGGAGAGCCAGAAGAAGCGGUUUGUGAUCCCCAUAUCAUAUUUGAACCAUCCUUCAUUCCAAGAUUUGUUAAGCCAAGCUGAAGAAGAAUAUGGAUAUGAUCAUCCCAUGGGCGGUAUCACAUUCCCCUGCAAUGAGCACACGUUCCUUGAUCUCACUUCCCGCCCAAGUGAGUGAAGUAGUUGAACUGAAGUGAAUCUGGGAUUCAAAAGUCAAAACUAAAGUCGAUCAGCCUCAUAUCAGAAGUCAGAACUCACUGUCGACCCAAUGAAGAAGAAGAAGAUAAAGGCAAUGAGGAAUAGUAUUUCUCAAGCUUCAUGUCUGUGUGAGGUUGUGAUCGAGCAUAGAAGAUCAAGAUCUAAAAUAUCAGACAGCAAACACAUGGCAUAUCCUGAAUCCUCCGAAGUCAUUGGACAAAAAUCAUAACUUGGAUUUUAAAUUCAUGAAACAAGACAGUUAAAUUCUGUCUUUGACGUAUGUAAACUCCUUUAUCUAUGCUACAGAAAACAUCUUGGAAUAAAUAUUCGUUACUC